ACUGUCAAAGUCUCGUCCCGGAUGGGAUUGAUAUCAUUUGGAUAUCAUUCCUGGAUUAAAAUGAUAAAUAACAGUUAAUAUUCCACCAAAAAAAGAUACCCAUAACAUGAAAUCAUGGCCGAUCGAAUCCGACAGAUUGCUCAGAAGCUAAGAGAAAGAAUUCACAUACCACAACUUCCUCAGAUCAGUCCCAAUGGUCGUGAAAAAGUCGACCAACUCUUAUCAAAGUACGUGCCUGCACAGAAAGUGAGUGACAUAGCGGAAAAGUUUAAACAAGAAGCCAUAUCCAGGAGGGUCCAAGAACUGGUGUCUAGAUAUGAGAAAUUCACUGGUGUUGCUGAAAUUAUGGCUAUUCAAAAUACUGUAGUGGAAGCUCAGGACCGGUUUAUAGCAGCACAAGAACGUAGACGAGAUCUUGGUCGUCAGGUGGCCAACUUAGAAGCUCGUCUAAAGGAACUUCAUUCAGAGAUACAGAGUACUAUGAAAGGGGAUGACAAGUAUUUACAACUGUGUACUGAGGAACAUAAACUUAUACUUCAAGAACGUUCACUUCGCGCUUCAUUCGCUGACGCGGAGAGGGAGGAGCGUGAAUUAUUCGCUACCAUGUCAGCAGCAGUCAAAUUGGGACAUGAACGGGAGAGGGCGCACGCUGAGCGGAACAAAUACUGGUACAUCGUUGCUUCUAUAUUCGGUACUAUACUCGGUAUCGCUGGCUCGACCAUAAACAAUCACCUCAAGAUGGCUGAGUUUCGUGAUAUGAUGGAACAGCAAAUGGCGCGAAGUGCGAGCGUCUUAUACACGAUUGCCGGGGGAGGUACAGCCAACAGAGCUGAGAUCGCUGACGCUAUGAAGACAGAAUUUCAAUACCAGGAGCAAUUAGCACAAAACCUGAAAUUAAUGCAAGAUAACAUCGAUCAUCUAGUCAAUAAGCAAACUUCUUUAAUCGAUCACAUAAAUCACCAAGAACAAAAAAUUGAAAAUCAGUUACGUGAACUCAAACGUAUGGUCGUCGCCGCGUCUGCGACAAGCGCAAAAUCCGACGCGGAUCUGGGAAAAGCCUUAUCUGUUAUACAUCACGAUUUAGAUGAAGCGGAUAAGGAAAAAGAUAAAGAGCACACGGAAAAAAAAGUCGCUCUAGAUCCUAACCAAAUACUUACCGGUAUAGGUGUUCUUAUGUGCGCCGCCGUCAUAUUUGGGAAUAUCAUAGGCCGCAUAAGUUGACUUCUUUGCCAUAGAAAAAAUUUUGUUUAUGGACAUCUUCAAAAAUUUCGGGCUGUUGCAAUGUUGCAAGCAUUUUUCAAAUGUGUGCAUGUUCUGAAACACGAUUAAUGGUGACUGACUUAAAAUAUUUAUGGUACAAGUAAAAAAGUAUUUAUUAUCCAUCAUUUACUUAACGAAUAAUUAUAAUAAUAAAAUGGAACGACUGAAUUAUGAUUCUUUUUUGGAAGUUUAAUUAAAACAUUAUUUCACUAAAAUUAUUUGAUAAACAAAAAAUUAGGUCUGAUUGGUUAUUAAGAUUGUUGAUGCUUUCUAAGCGAAAUGGUAUUUUUUGAAAAGUGUUACUGAUUGACUGGAUUUUUCAAGAUUUAUCUUGGAGUGUCAUUGUGAUAUAGUUUUAUUAGUACCUACUUAUAAGCUGUUCAAAUCUCCAAUAAGGUGUGAAUGGAAACUUUUUAUCCAUUUGAGUUUUCGAAUAUUAAAAGAAAUAUAUAAAGAGUAUAACAGUGUAUAUUAAAACUAUUAAAUUAUUGCUUGCCACUUAUUUAUAAUUUUUUUAACUUCGUAUUCUAAUAUUAUUGAAAAUGUCUGUAAGCCCUAUAAUUCCAAUAGUGAUUAUG